AUGGCUGCUGCGAAUAUUGUUCGUAGUGCAUUUAAUGGAUUAUUACGAAAAUCCACAUCUUACAGAAUUCCGGUUGUUUGCCGGUUAUCUACCGUAGCUACGGUACAAAAAUUUUAUGCGGUAAAAGCCAUUACUAAGUUGAGCUACCAAGUUCAAAAUGGGGUAUAUGCACAGAACACACGACAGUACUCGUCCGGCGCGCAAUCUAAGCCCUCACCGCAGCAAAUUGAAGAAAGAGUGAUGAAAGUGUGCAGGGCUUACGACAAACUGAGUGGUACUAAGGUACUGAGCUAUUCUUCAAUUUUGUUUCAGAACCCGAAAUUCUGCGUCCGCAACUACAGCGGUGGUCCACCACUCACCCUAGAGCUUAUUAAAAGUAGGGUACUGCUUGUACUCCAACUAUAUGACAAAAUUAACCCCGACAAGCUAUCUGUAGAUUCCCAUUUCAUGAAUGAUUUGGGACUUGAUUCUCUUGAUCAUGUUGAGGUCAUUAUGGCAAUGGAAGAUGAAUUUGGUUUCGAAAUUCCUGACAGUGAUGCGGAGAGGCUAGUGAGGCCAAAAGAUAUCAUACAAUAUGUGGCGGACAAAGAAGAUAUUUACGAAUAG